GGGUAUUAAAAUUACCCGAACCGAUCCUGACCCGACAAGACCCGACCUGAAACCGACCCGAAAAGUUAUAGAUAACUAUAUGAGUCUAAAUUUCUAGGACUCAAAGGAUCUGGACCCGACAAGACCCGAUCCGAACCCGAGGACCCGGAUGCCCAUGCCUAGUUUAGAAUAUUCCCUUACAUUGGUAUUAAUUGUUGAGAUUAUUAAGAAGUUUCAAAUUAAUAGAGCAGAUGUAUUCAAGUAAUUAAUUUAAUACUUAAAUGACAACUUUUUUUUUAUAAUUAGAUAAAAAGUAGAACUCUGAGUUAAUAGAGCAGAUAUGUUCAAGCAAUUAAUUUAUUGGAAUUUAGUGGUCAUGUGACGUCCAAUUUUGCAUCCGCCAUGUAUAGAAUUUAAAAUUUUAAUAGAAUAAGUUGUUUUGUCAGUAAUUUUCUUUUGUUUUGUUACAAAGUUCCGUUUAAAAAUGAAAUACCAUGUGAUGUUUUCUCUGCAUUCCAAAAUAUAAUUUUAAAACGUAUGAAAUCUCUAGUUUUGUAAUAAAAUCUUUAGUUUGGACGAUUGGUCAUACAUUCCACUUGAAGUUGAUAACAUGGGUAAUUUAGAUUUUGUUUCUAAUUUUGUUUUCUGAUUGAGAUUUUGUUUCUAAUUUUCUUUCUUUAAAAGAAAGUCAUAGCCAAAGACAAAGCACACAAAGCUAAGAAGAUUGUAUCACAAAGAUGACUAACUAUAAUUUUAUCAUUGUCGUUAAGUUCUUGGUUACCUUCUUAAUCUUUGUGUCUCCAAACAAAAUAUUAGCUUUUUAUGAUAGAUUCUAUGGAUAUGCUGAAGAACCAAUGGGUCCAUCAUUCCCAUAUGAAGUUUUUGAUGUCUCCAAGUUCGGAGCCAGCCCUAACGCCGACUCAGACAACACUCUUGCAUUUGGGAAGACAUGGUGGGCAGCUUGCAACCACCAAGGAAGAUCAAAGUUUUACGUCCCGGAAGGUAGAUUCUUAGUGGGUGCGAUCCAGUUCAAGGGCCCUUGUCGCACUGAAUCAACCAUGGAAGUUGAGAUUACAGGAGAUCUAAUUGCUCCAACGGGCAUUAAGGAUUUUCCUUCGAAUCAAUGGAUUGGUUUUAGUCAACUAAACGAUAUCUUCUUGUACGGAAGUACUAACUUAGAUGGUAGAGGCGACGUCGAAGCCUGGAAACAAAAAAGUUGCGAAGAUUCCAAAUGUGACAAACUCAUAACGUCUCUGAGCUUGGACAACGUGUCAAAUUCGAUAAUCGAAAACAUUUCGUUAUCAAAUGCGAAAGGGUUUCAUUUGCGGUUACACUCUGCUAGCAACGUUACGGUCCACAACGUUAGUAUCAGCUCCCCAUGGGACAGUCCUAACACCGAUGGGAUCCACGUUCAUAGCUCCUCUUUCAUCAACAUCACCAACUCAACCAUUGGAGCCGGAGACGACUGCGUCUCCAUCUCAACUGGGAGUCUUGAUGUGCUCGUCUCCGGCACACAUUGUGGUCCAGGCCAUGGAUUCAGUAUUGGGAGCUUGGGGAAGGUUAAGAACGAGGAAGAAGUGAGAAGAAUUAAGUUUCAAAACUGCACCGUUAACGGAGCUGAUAACGGAGUUAGGAUUAAGACAUGGCCUACAUCACCGCCGAGCCAAGCUAGUGAUAUAACGUUCGAGGACAUUUUAAUGAUUAAUGUCUCUAAUCCCAUUUUCAUUGAUCAAGAGUAUUGCCCUUCUAAUAGCUGCAACACCACCUCUGCAUCGAUGGUGAAACUGAGCAACAUAGAGUUCAAGAACAUACGAGGAACGUACAGAAGUGAUUUCGGGGUGAAUCUGAAGUGCAGCUCUGUCGUGGCCUGUGAGAACAUAAUGCUUAUCGACGUCAAUCUCAAUGGUACUAACUCAACUUAUAAGACGCCGAAGGAGAAGUGGGAGCAAGAGAAAUUUAGUACGAAGGGUAGCCUUAAUGGCUUAGCGGUUUUUAACUCGACUUUUAACUAGUUAAAUAGGGCAUCCACAUCGCCUUGAAUCUCUUAUUUCUUAAGAAAUUGAUAAAAUAGUUAACUAGUUAGACGGGGCAUCCACAUCGCAUUGAAUCUGUUCUUUCCUAAGAAAUUAAUAAAAUAGUAUUAUUAUCGUAUAACUAUUUUUAUUUAUUUAUAGUAAAUCAGACUACUACCAGUAGCAGUCAAACAUCCGUCAGAAAAUACAUACCCAAACAAUAUUAACGUGCCAAAACAUUCCUAAACUAAAUAAAAAUUUGAAUUGCAUACCUAAACUCAUAAUAAAUAGCUAAAACAUACCUCGUAACUGACACGUGUCUGUCUAUUUUAAAAUAUAUUGAUUUAUUUUUUAAAUUAUUAUCUUUUAGCUUUUGUCAUUUUAUUUGUUUGUAAAGUGCCACAAAUAAUUAAAAUCAUCAAAUUGGCCUUAUUUAUAAUUUCAAAAUUGGAAAUAAAUUUUAAUAUAUGGUGAUAUAUAAAAUAGAAAUAUUUUUUAUCAAAUAAAAUAUAUUUAAUAAUAUAAAUAUAUUAUUUUUAUUAUUAUUUCAUAUUGAAAUAUUUGAUACAAAAAAUUUAAAUAAAGAGAAAACAACAUAAAAACAAUAUCAUAAUUUAAAGUCUGAUUUAAUCUCACUAGUUCUUAAAGUUUAUAAAAUAUUUUUUAUAUUUUUUUAGGUUAUUUUAGUUGCAAAUCUUAUUAUGUGCUUGCGUGAUAUAUAUAAUAUAAAUAAAAUUAAAAAUUUGUAAUUUUUGUUUGUAGUUAUCAAAACCAAUGUUAAUUACACUAGGCAUAAUGUGUGCGCUUGACCCUAACCUAGCGCCGAAUCAAUUAUUUGGUAAUUAUACGAGAAUUAAUCGGGAAAUAGUUUUGUAAACUUUUUGUUUAUUAUUAAUAUUACAUACUAGUUUUGUAGCAAAAUAAAAAUAAUGUAAUAUGGUCUAGUAGUUUUGUGCAAAAUUUGUUUUCUUGAGAUGCUGCGUUCGAAACUAUUUUUGGCACUACAACAAAACAUAUUUUUUACGAGGGCGGUAUUCGUUGUAAAUUCGUCGUAAUAGGGGCUUUACGACGAAUUAACAUCGAUACGCGUUUCGUUGUUAAACGCUCGUCGUAACGGAGGUUUCGUCGUAAAGUCCUAGUUACGUUUACGAGGAAGUCAAUUCCUCGUAAAGCGGAAGGAAACUAUUCGUCGUAAUGCCCUCGUAAAUGACGAUGUAAAUACCUCGUAAUAGUUCGUUGUAAAAGCCACGUAAGGCUUCCACGUAAAGUCGAUGUAAACUUUACGAGGACUUUACAACGACUCCAUGUAAAUUCCUCGUAAACGUUACGAGGACUUAACGUGGAAUUUUACAACGAAUUUACAUCUCCAUAUUUAAAAUAUUAAUUAAUUAUAAUAAUUAUAUAAAUUUUAUAAAACAAUAAUUUUAAAAUUUAAAAUAUUUGAAAUAAAAUUAAAUAUGAAACCAAAUAAUUUUUUUUAAAAAACUAUAAAUUCAUUAAUUAAAUAGAAUUUAAAUUUUUUAUACAAAACAAAAGAAAUUAAAAAAGGAAACUAAAGGCCAACACCAUCGUCAUCGAAGUAGUUGGCUGAGGGGUUCGGGUCUGUAGACGUUCCUGCUUCGGGAUCCGGCUGGCUCAUCCCGAGAGCUGCUCGUCUCUCCGCCAAAGCUCUCUGCAAAGUUGGAUUUCCCACCGCCAUCACAUCCAGCAAACCCUCGAGAGAGUCCAAACGCUGCUGCUGGGUAUCCAUGCGAGCCUGCAUCCGGUCGUUGUCCUGGUCCCGUCUCGAAUAGUAUGACGAAGUCGCCCUUGCAACUUCGUUAACGGAACCUAUUCCGACCGUCCUUCCCUUCUUUCUAGGAGCCACCUAUAUGUAUAUAUAUAAAAACGUAUUUCGAGUUAAUAAUAAAAUAAAGAAAAAAAAUUAAAAUUAUUAAAUUUUACCUCCUCGAAGAUCCGGUCGACCUCUUCGGUUGACAACUUGACGGGUAAUCCAUCUGCAGACUGUUGGGUAAGUUGCGUCUCUUGCUCUUCAACCCGAGAUGCCACAGCGUUGAAGAAUUUCCCGGAUGCAGGAUCCACAAAAACCCCAUCUGGUGAGGCGUGAGUCAUCUUGAAUAAGUCCGAGAGAGAUGGCACAACUCCCGUCUUCUCCAACUAAUAAACAACAAUAAUAAAUAAAUUAAAUAUAAUUAAUAAAUACAAGUUUAAAAUAAUGAAAAUUAUAAAUUUAAAUAAAACUUACAGCUUCGAGACGAAUUCCGGCAUGGGGUUUUUGGCCGGUUCUAUGAACCAUGGGCAAAUGGCCAUCUUUAUCCCUCGUUCUUCGGGAAGCGGAGCAGGAGUUGGCUUUGCGGAUGGAGCUGGGUUCGUUCCAAUAGGUGAUGAGGCCAUCCCAUGCUUCCUUUGUGACCCCGCUCGGCUUCCCCUCAUAGCCGUAAAUCUCCCACUUGUCCUUCCAAUCAGAGACGGUGUUGCAAAGACGAGUUUUCGCCUUUGCAAUAAAUUCGCUCUUCUCCCUCUCGGUGAUUCCUACGGACCAGUUUCACCUUUGCUGAAAAAACAAACAUUUUAAAAGAUUAGAAAAAAAAAUAAUAAUUAUUUAAUUAACAAUAUAAAUAUUAAUAAUAUGUAAAUAUAAUUACCGCAAAACAUUUAAACCACGUCGUCUUGACGUGAUCGGGAGUCAUGGUCCAGUUGGGAUAAGGGCCGUCAUAAUAUCCCUUCAUCGUCUCUGAAACGCUCCGGCUAACACGGUUGUUAGCCCCAAACCUGCAAAUAUAACAAAUUUGUUAAAAAAAUUGAUCAAAGAUUUUAAAUUUAAAAUUAAUAAUUUUAUGUACUUACCAAUAAGUACCCGGGGGUCUAUCGGAGUCCAGAACGUGUAAACCCUCUCGUCCGGGCUGGGCAAGCAAAUCCUUGACGGUGUAUCUUGCGAAUGGUGCAUGAGUUGGCACCCGCAAAUCGGGAUGAACUGCAGCCGGUGGGGCAGGCUGAUCCGGGGCGACAGGUGGAGCUGGUGGGGGAGGCAUCUGAGAUGGAAGAGGAGGAGGGGUCGAAGAAACUCUCCGAGAUGUGCGAGAGUCCGGAACUGUCCCGGAAGAAGACGAUGGACCGCUAGAGGAAGAUCCAUCGCCAAACAAAUCCGCAUACUUAGGUGCAGGAGCUGCUGGUCUCGGUCUUGGAGCCAUCUAGAAAAUUUAAAAAAAUUAAAUUAAUAUAUAUCCUAAACGAAUUGUUUAAAAUAAUUUUCUAAACUAAUCAUCUAAACUAAUUCCGUUAACUAAUCACCUAAACUAAUUCCCUAAACUAAUAACCUAAACUAACCACCUAAACUAUAAAAAAAAAAAAAAAAAAAGAGAAAGUUACCUUAGAGGGGGAGAAGAGUUAGGGAGGAAGAUACGAGCAGUGCUCGUCUGAAAAACUUCUCCCAUAUAUAUAAAAACGGUUUCCUCGUAACUUUGUCGUAAUGUUACGAGGAAGUUACCAGACCCGUGUUUUCGUUUACGACGAAGUUACCAGGCCCGUGUUUUGGUUUACGACGAAGUUACCAGGCCCGUGUUUUUUAAUUUACGACAAAGUUACCAGACCCGUGUUUUUUCAUUUACGACGAAGUUACUAGGAAAUAGUAUUUUAUGUUACGACGAAUUUACAUGGAAAUAAUAUUUUAUGUUACGACGAAGUUACCAGGCCCGUGUUUUUAUUUACAACGAAUUUACGAGGAAAGUAUGAAACCCCGAAAAUCAAAUCCCUAAACCCCAAAGUUAUCAUCUUUACCAUUAUCACUCAUUCAUACUUUCAUCCUCUUUAUCCAACUAAAACCCUUAACUUCAACAAAAUAAAACUUUUUACCUUAAGAAAUAGAUAUUAUACAAGACAACUUAUAGUACACAUACAUUAAGUAUCUCACUUAAGCAAUAAAAAACAACAUUGGGUACAAUAUUUUGUAAAGAUAAAAACAACAUUUGUUACAUAUAUUACAUCAUUCUGAAUCGUUUGAGUUCUCAUCAACAUCUGAACAGUCAUCGUCGUCACUACAAUCGAACUCGUCUUCACGUGCUUCAUCUGUCGCAUCUUCGGGAAGAUCUUCUUAUUGAUGGUUAUUUGGGUCGAUCAGAAGAUUUUCAUCAAGUUGUUGAUCAGGAACCUCAACUUCAUUAAUAGCAUCUUCUUCUUGCAAUGGUGGUUCUUCUCCAGCAACAAUUCGUCCACGAGGUGUAAUUUUGAUAGUAGCCAACCAAUUAAUCCCAGAACUUCGAAGGCGAGGGUAUGGAAGAAAGCUAAUUUGUUCAGCCUGGGAAGCUAGGAUGAAAGACUCGAAUUUGUUGUAUCUUCUCCCAGAGUUGACAUCCAAAACACCAAAUUUGUUAAAUCGAACACCUCGAUUCUCAACGGGAUCGAACCAUUCACAUUUGAAGAGGACACAUUUUAGCUUCAAUAACCCUGGAAAUUCAAUUUCAAUAAUCUCCUGCAAGAUCCCGUAAAAUUAUGUUUCGCUUUUCACACAUAUUCCGUAGUUACUUGUUGCCCGAUGUCUUCCUAACUCGUAUGUGUGAAAGGUAUCCCACAUACGAGUAUUCUCUGAAGAAUGCUUCAAUUGUUGUAUGUUGCGAAUAUAACCCAAUUAAUAACAUUUUAUAAACAUAUGUAAUAUAUUAUAAAUUAAUAUUUACCUGCAAGUGCUUCAUGUACAUUUGUUGGAAGGAGCUCAGCAAAAGCGAAUGGAAGUAGUCGUUGCAUAAACACAUGACAAUCAUGACUCUUCAUUCCGGAAAACUUUUGACCACGUUCAACACAUCUUGACAGAUUUGAAACAUAACCAUCAGAGAACUUAACUUCUGAUGAGACCCAAUCAAACAAAGUUGUUUUCGCUGCUGAUGACAACCGGAAGAUGGGAACAGGAAUACUGCCAUUGCUCUUGAUAUGUAACUCACUUCUCCAGCAGAUAGAAGGUAAGUCCAUCCUUGAAUUUUUGUUAUCUUCUGUCUUUCCUGGGACGUUCAAUAUUGUAUUCAUGAUGUUGUCAAAAAAGUUCUUCUCUAUGUGCAUCACAUCCAAGUUGUGGCGUAAAAGAAGAUCCUUCCAGUAAGGUAGCUCCCAAAAUAUACUCUUCUUAUGCCAAUUGUAAGAGACUCCAUACCCAUCAGGCAUAUUUCCCUGAACAUGCCAGUUUCCUCCACGCGGCACCGUUUCCAGAGCUCCAUAAUAAUCAAUUUCUGCUAGGAUCUGUUGUCCGGUGAGAUAUGGAGGAGGACUAUCUCUGACAACUUUUUUGUAUCUAAACAAUGUCUUAUUUCUUCGGUACGGAUGGGAGAUGGGAAGAAAUCGACGAUGACAAUCAAACCAACAACUCUUUCUACCAUUCUUCAGUUGAAAAGCAUCUGUCGAUCCACGACAAAUUGGACAAGAUAAUCUUCCAUGAGUUGUCCACCCAGACAAUAUCCCAUAAGCAGGAAAGUCACUAAUCGUCCAACUCCGUAUCUCGUAGAUAUUGCAUCCAUCAGCCAUUUUUUUUAGUUGUGUUUUUCAGUUUUUCUUUUUUCUUAGAUUUGUUGGUGUGUUUUUAGCAUUGAGAAAUGACAUAUAUAUAGAAGAUUUUCGAGUUUGGUAGGUAAAGGUUUAACAAGUAUUUUACAACGCAAUGUAUUACUACGGAUUUACAACU